AUGCCUUUCAAACCAGAGACUGUCCAACAAUUGCAUGAUAUUUCACGCCACUUCCCUCGCUUAGCCGCAUCCGUGGCCAUAUGCCGUAAUAUCUACAUUGAUCUAACACCUAAUAUCCGGCUGUAUGGCUUCCCAGCUGCCGGCGUCCUGAUUGAGGCCCUUCACACGGAAGUCCGCUCCGGCAUUAUAUUUGAAUUUCCCAUCCCACGAGCCGAGAUUCUUCGUAAUCUAUGCGUCUUUGUUGCCCAUAUCGAGUCGGUGCAGCAACCUAGGAACAGGAGCGACACUCUGUUCAAGCAUGCGUCGAAACACUUCGCGAGCGUCAUUGACGAGGUGACCGGAUCAAAAUUGGCUGCCAAUACAAACAAUCUACCUUCGAAUACUCAUGAAUCUGCCUCUACGUGGGACUAG